AUGAAUAUAGAAAAAGAUCAUGAUAAAAUAUUGAGUAUUCUUGAGAAAUGCGAUAGUGAGGAUGAAGAGGAAGUACCUCAAGACGUAAGUAAUUUUCAUAGUUCAGAUUCUGAAACUGAAGACAAUUUAGAGAAUGAUUUUGUGAUCAACACUGAUCAAAGCGAACAAGAAUCGGAUGAUUCCGACCAAGACCUUAUCGUCAGUAGAAAAAAUCGCACUAGAAGAAGGAUAAUAGAUUCUGAUGAUGAUAUUACCACACCAGAACAAUCUCCUCGAUCUCAAGCUCUAAAUCAAGAUGUGAUUCUUCAGUCAAGUAAGAUUUAUAUGUAUGGAAAAAAUAAACAUAAGUGGGCAACCAAGCCGCGUAGUUCAAGCUGUCGUACAUCAAGCCGUAAUAUCGUCCAUUUCAUACCAGGACCUGUAGGUGAAGCGCGAAAUUUAGUUGAUCCGUUACCUCUGUUUCAUUUGUUUUUUCCCAAAGAUAUGGUAAACGAAAUUGUUCUUCAUACUAAUGUCGAAAUCGACUUGAAAAGGAAGAAGUACAAGAAAGAUAGUUACACAAUAUCUCAUACAUCACCUAACGAAAUUAAGGCUUUAUUGGGACUUUUAAUUCAAGCAGCAGCUAUGAAAAGUAAUCAUUUACCCACUAGAGUUUUGUUCGAUCCCCAAAAAAGCGGCACUGUAUUCAAGGCAUGCAUGAGUGCAGAGAGAUUCGACUUUUUAUUAAGAUGCUGUCGUUUUGAUGAUAAAACUACACGACAAGAGAGAAAAGCAUUAGACAGAUUUGCCCCUAUACGAAAAAUUUGGGAAGAUUUUAUUGCCAACUGCAAGAAGUGGUAUAAACCAAGCUCUUAUGUUACAAUCGACGAGCAAUUGGUCGGGUUUAGAGGUCGUUGCCCCUUUCGUAUGUACAUACCAAACAAGCCCAAUAAGUAUGGUAUAAAAAUUGUAAUGGUAGCAGACUCUAACUCCAGGUAUGCCUAUAAUGCUACACCUUAUCUCGGUAAAGGCACUGACACAGGAAAUUUGUCUCUUGGAAUGUACUUUGUGAAGCAUUUGUGUGAACCUUUGUAUGGAAGUAAUAGAAACAUUACCAUGGAUAAUUGGUUUACUUCUGUUCCUUUAGCUUCAGAACUGCUGGGUGAUCCCUAUAAGUUGACUAUUGUUGGUACUAUUCGCAGUAAUAAGAAAGAAAUUCCAUCAGAAAUGAAAAACGCAAAAGAUAGACAUGUUGGCACAUCUAUGUUUGGUUUUGAUGCUGAGAAAACUCUAGUGUCAUUCAAACCUAAGUCUAACAAGAUGGUAUAUCUUCUGUCCACUGCUCACGAUCAACCCAAUAUUAAUGGCACGACAAGCAAACCAGAAAUAAUUCAUUUCUAUAAUAGUACCAAAGGCGCCGUCGAUGCCAUCGACCAAAUGUGUUCGGGUAUAUGUGCUAGUCGUAAGACUAAUCGGUGGCCUCAAGCAAUAUUUUAUAACAUUUUAAAUUUGACCAUGGUCAACAUAUAUGUCAUUUAUGUGUCUAAUAUGGUCAGACUAGGUCAAAAGCCCUUGAAGCGUAGAGCUCUCAUCCAACGACUUGCUGAUGGCCUUACUGAACCUUGGCUGCAUGAACGCUAUGUUACACCAACUUUAAGAAGGGAUAUAAAAGCAACCAUAAAAGAUAUCUUAAAAAUUGAUGAAGCUGCAUCCAGUUCAACUCAAGAAGAAACAAACAAGCGAAAAAUUUGUGUAUUUUGCCCAUAUCAUAAACGCAGGAUGACCAAAUACUCGUGCUACCUGUGUAAGAAAGCCAUUUGCGGGGAGCACACGGUUCCGACCUGUAAUGACUGUAAGAACUAG